CUCGCCGCCGCCGAGGCCCCCGUUGAUGCCGCACAGCUCGCCCAGCAGCAGCAGCAGCAGCGCCACCCCCGACAUGGACAAGACCAGCGGGCCCCCCAGCUCCUCCUCAGCCUCUGGGGGCUGCAGCAGCAAAGGGCAGCAGCCGCCCCGCGCAGCCUCGGCGGGGCCUGCGGGCGAGUCUAAACCCAAGAGCGAUGGAAAGAAUGCGAGUGGAUCCAAACGUUAUAACCGCAAACGUGAAACUUCCUAUCCCAAAAAUGAAAACUUUACCAACCAGUCCCGUCGCUCCAACUCACAGAAAAGCAAAACUUUUAACAAGACGCCCCCUCAAAGGGGCGGCGGCAGCAGCAAACUCUUUAGCUCUUCUUCUAAUGGUGGAAGACGAGAUGAGGUAGCAGAGGCUCAACGGGCAGAGUUCAGCCCUGCCCAGUUCUCUGGUCCUAAGAAGAUAAACCUAAACCACUUACUGAAUUUCACUUUUGAACCCCGUGGCCAGGCAGGUCACUUCGAAGGCAAUGGACAUGGCAACUGGGGGAAGAGAAACAAAUGGGGACAGAAGCCUUUUAACAAGGAGCUCUUCUUACAGGCCAACUGCCAAUUUGUUGUGUCCGAAGACCAAGACUACACAGUGCACUUUGCCGACCCUGAUACCUUGGUCAACUGGGACUUUGUGGAACAAGUGCGCAUCUGUAGUCAUGAAGUGCCAUCCUGCCCAAUAUGCCUUUACCCACCAACUGCAGCCAAGAUUACUCGCUGUGGGCAUAUCUUCUGCUGGGCAUGCAUCCUCCACUACCUUUCAUUGAGUGAGAAGACCUGGAGUAAAUGUCCCAUUUGUUACAGCUCUGUUCACAAGAAGGAUCUCAAGAGUGUUGUUGCUACGGAGUCACGCCAAUACAUUGUUGGCGAUACCAUCACAAUGCAGCUCAUGAGAAGGGAGAAGGGUGUUUUAGUGGCUUUACCCAAAUCCAAAUGGAUGAAUGUAGAACAGCCUAUUCAUCUGGGAGCAUUAGUAGAUUCACCAAGUCGGGGGGGUUUUGGGGUUUUUCCCCCCCCUUGGACAGAUGACCAGCACAGCCAGUACUCUAAGCUCCUCCUGGCCUCCAAGGAGCAGGUGCUCCAACGAGUGAUUUUAGAAGAGAAGGCAGCCCUGGAACAGCAGCUGGCAGAAGAGAAGCACUCUCCAGAGGCCUGCUUUGUGGAGGCGGCCCUCCAAGAGCUCAAGGUUCGAGAAGAAGCUUUAUCUGGGUUGGAUGAAACCAGAAGUGGCCAGGUCACUGAUGUCGUGACAGCCGUUGAAGAACUGGUACUGAUAGCAGGCCCUCUGGACAAAGAGCCACCCCUGGACAAAGAGCCCUUGCUCCAACCCAGGCCUGAGUGUAUACUGGAGUAUCUGUCAGCUUUUGAUGAAGAAAUUAUGGCCCCUCACCCUAGAGGAUCUUCCUCAGCUCCGCUUCCUAUUCCUCUUCCUUCUCCCCGCCUGCUGGAAGAGGAGGAGGCAACAGUGACUGAUCUGGAGCCUGAGAUGCUACCAGAGGUAUACGACUCAGAGAUAAUAGAUGGAAAUGGUGUAGAAGGGACCACUUGCAGCAAAUUCAUCCAAGAGGAGCCCAAGGCCACACUUGGUGCCAGAUCCUUGGGCAGUUCUCCUUGUUACUAUUUCUAUCAAGCGGAGGACGGACAGUACAUGUUUCUGCAUCCUGUGAAUGUACGCUGCCUCGUGAGGGAAUAUGGCAGUCUGGAGCAGAGUCCUGAGAAGAUCACGGCAACCGUGGUAGAGAUAGCUGGCUACUCUAUGUCUGAGGAUGUUCGACAACGGCAUCGUUACCUCUGCCAUCUGCCUCUCACCUGUGAAUUCAGCAUCUGCGAACUGGCUCUGCAGCCACCUGUCGUUUCUAAGGAAACCUUGGACAUGUUUUCAGAUGACAUUGAGAAGAGGCGGCGGCUACGGCAGAAAAAGGCUCGGGAAGAGAGGCGGAGAGAGCGCAGGAUUGAGAUGGAAGAGAACAAGAAGCAGGGUAAAUAUCCUGAAGUCCACAUUGCUCUAGAGAAUCUGCAGCAGUUUCCUGCCUUCAAUGCCUGUUCCUCUGAUCCUACUUUGGUUCUCACCGGCACUGAGGGCCAUGGCUCCUUUUCACAGUCUCCUCUUAGCAGAAGCCCAGGGUCCCAAGCAGACUCUAUGUUGGCUUCUUUGUCACCCACUGAAGGUCAGGCCAACCCUUCAUUCUGUGUCGGGAGCCUGGAAGAAGAGUCUCCCUUUCCUUCUUUUGCCCAGAUGCUGAGGGUUGGAAAAGCCAAGGCAGACAUGUGGCCCAAAACUGCCUCCAAGAAAGAUGAGAACACUCUGGCUCCUCCUGCCCCUGUGGACAGUGAUGGGGAAAGUGACAACUCUGACCGUGUGCCUGUGCCCAGCUUCCAGAAUUCCUUCAGCCAAGCAAUUGAAGCAGCCUUCCUGAAACUGGACACACCGGCCUCCUCUGACUUCCUCUCUGAAGAGAAGGGAGGAAAGAAAAGGAAGAAACAGAAGAAGAAGCUGCUGUUCAGCACCUCGGUGGUCCACACCAAGUGAUGCUCCAGAUGAGGCCCCUGUCCUCUCGUCUGCUGUUUGCUUUCCCCUUUGCUCUGUUUUGCUGCUAUAGUUUUUAAGGACUUGAGUUUGCACAGAUUAGCUCUGUUGGGGGAGGGGGGGGGUUUCCACAGAUCCAGGGGAAACCAAAGGAACUAAUUUAAAUACAGUGUAUUUUCCAGCUUCCCAUAUUUACACCAGAAUAAAGUAUUGACACUCACAGAAAUGAACCUUUAGUCAAGGUUUCGAGUUCAUGCCAACUCGGUCUCCUUUGGCCUAUGUGCGGGUGGUCUUACCAUUGGAGUCCAGCUUCGUUCUGGUGCCUGGAAGGCCAAGCCCUCCUUCCGCAGCCACAGUGUGUACUCACUCUGGGGUACAGCUGUACUAAUCUGACCCCCUUUUCUGCUGCCUGUCUCACAGGGGAAGCUUCAGGGCAUCUUGGUUCUAGAGGACACACUAAUCACAGUUCACAUCUUUUUUUUUUUUUUUUUUUUUUUUUUACAAGUUAGUCUCUUCUACCUGUUCUGGAUUUUCUUUUUCUUUUUUAAAGAACAGAAGGGUGUGGGAGUAGAUUGGAUUUAGGACAUCCAGCUCAAAUUGCAAUUGUUUUUCUUCUGACCAGCAGAGAGCCUGUAGUGCCAACUUCAUAGGGCUUUAGGCCUCCAGGUACAUAGUAGUUGGAUGUUGGGCUUGCUUGGGAGAGGGGAGGCUUCUCCCUCAGUCGCUUACCUUGAUGGCUCAAGAAGGAAAAGUGAUUAAAUCGGAUUGGUUAGAAAGCUGCUGUUGACCAUAUCCCUGCCCUCACGGUCGGGGCAGGAGGUAGCUAUGGGAGGGGUUUGAGUGACACAAGCAGGGACAGCAGUGUAUCUGGCAGAGGGAACCACUGCUGAGCUAGGACCUCUGGCUGGGAUGUAGGAAGAGCAGAUUGGGUUGCACGCACAGGCUUGGUGCUGAGCUGGGUCGUAAGCAGUCAUGCCUCAUCUACCUGCCUCCCUCAUUUUCUGGAGCAGUCUCCUUACACGCUGCUUGUGGUUUGGUUUGAAGCAGUUUCAGUGAUGUGGGUUUUUUGUUGUUGAAUAAAGUGACCUCUAGGUGUAACGUAAUGGCGAAGGCAAACAGUUGCAAUAAAUCAUAUGCACAAGA